UGACUAAUAAGAAACCCUCCUGCGUGUCCAUCACUAAGGUGAAGCAGUUCCACGGAUCUUCUGCUUUCGCAAAAAGGUCACAGUGGACCAUCGACCAGCUACGGCAGGUCAACGGCAUCGACUCCAAUAAAGACUGUCCAGAGUUUGACCUGAUGUUCGAGAAUGCUUUUGACCAGUGGGUUGCUUGCUCAGCAGGAGAGAAGUGCACCUUCAUCCAAAUCCUUCACCACACCUGCCAGCGCUACAGCUCCGCACAGAAACCAGAUUUCGUCAACUGUCAGUCCAAACUUUUGGGGGGUAACAGCAUACUGCACUCGGCUGCGGACAGUGUGACGAGUGCCGUACAGAAGGCGAGUCAGGCUCUGAACGAGCGCGGCGAGCGAUUAGGCCGGGCGGAGGAGAGGACCGCGGACAUGAUGAACAGUGCUGAACAGUUCUCUGUUACUGCACAGAAGCUUGCCAUGAAGCACAAGUGUUAGACCACUGCCGAAACCAACUGGUCACCAAUUGCCAGUCGCUGUACAGGAGAAGGAUUCCAGAUUUUAUUAUUUUUAAUAGAUUUAAUAUGAUUACUAUUUGUUAACAAUGUUAACAUUUUAAUGUUUUGGGUUGUUGAAUUCUGGUACAUCAUCUGACGGCGACACAUCUCGCUGGGGGGAGGAACAGAGGUAACCAACGCUACUUCAGACUGUCAGCCGAAUGUUUCGUGCUCCUGUUUGCCAAAUGUAUUCACAAGACUAUGACAGUCUUAACCACGGCCAAUCAAAACACUUCCCCUCUUCAUAUGCUCACACACUCCUGUGAGAGUCAACAUGCAUCAUUAUCAGCAAUCACUCAAAUACCAGGAACAGCUUGUAUCGCUGGGUAUUAAUUGGUGAGAAUUAUUUAUGAGCACUGCAGUGAUUAUGCAGCCGCUGUCAUUGGUUUGUGACUGGAUUGGUUGACUGUGAACACACAAAACAUAUAUAAAAAACACAUACAUACCUGAAGAUUUUCUUGUCUGAUGCUUACUGUAGAUUGUAACCAGGUAAAUAAUUUGACGAUGCAUUAGGUAGGAUGUGAUGUCAGGUAGAAGGAAUAAUCACAUCUGUGGAGAAAAAGAACUCCACCCUGAACAACCAAAAAAUCCCAAAGUAUUUAUUUUCAACAAUGUUUUAUUCUCUUUCGUCGACAUUCGGACAUUGCAGUAUUUUGCUCUGUUUUGCUCUCAAUCAUUUCAAAAUGUAUCACAACAGUAUUAGUCCAAAUGUUUUCAACAUAUUGUUUCAUAAACUGCACAUGACACGGCUUGGAUGGGUUUGUGUCUAUAACGAUAAAUGACAACAGUGAAAUAGUGAAGUCCUCUGUCUACCAUUCCAAAACAACCAAAACUACAUGUAAUAAAGUUCCUAACUUAUUUGGGAGUGUACUUGAAGAACUCUGUCUGGAAAAAAGCUUUUUUUAAUUAUAAUAAUUUAUGUUGAAUUCAGUAAACCAGCUUCUGCAUUGUAUAAAGCAACAUAAGGAAUAUCUUCUAUUACUAUUAUCUAGGUGUCUGUGGAGCUAAUUGGUCCUAUUACCAUGGGAUCUUAUAAAUGACUCUUGGCUGUAUUUCAACUUUAAUCAUUCAGUAGUCAUUUCUUUAUCUAUUUUUUAUAAUUUGGGUCGGUUAAUAAAAAGCUGAUAGAUAACGGUCAAAAUGUCUCAAAUAGCAGCAUCAGUGUGUAGUAGUUUAUUUGUUGCCAGUGCUCUCACGCUAACGGUAACCUUGGCUUUCUCACUUGCAAGAUACUGCCCUCACAAUCGAGAUGUAUUUGAUUUCUUUUCUGAAUAUUUUAUAAUUCUGUUGGUGUGCUUUUGUUCCUCUCAAACAUUUUGGAUGUUUAUUAUUUGAUAAAAUAAAUAUUUUAUAAUGUU